UCUCACCUCUGAUCUUUCAUUUCAUCUUACAGAAUGUCUUCACUGAGCGUUCUGUCUGCCUGGCAGUGUGCUAGCAUCAACGUUUCCCCUGUUGAUCAGCGCCCGUUUAAAGCGGAAGGAGGAGGGCGGCGUUGCUAUGGCGACUGCUCAGACGUCAUUUCCGCGCGACGGAAGCGCUCCCGCCUGUGGCAGAAGAUGGCGGCGGCGAAGCGUAGCGUCUUGUCCUCUUUGGCUGUUUAUGCCGAGGAUUCAGACCCGGAGUCGGAUAGCGAGACCGGGACGGCGGGAAGCGAUGGGGGAACGGCUACGGGAGAGAAAGGAGGGCUCGUCUCCGUUGGGUAUGGAGAGGAUGAUUUCAGCCGCCUGGAUGGGGAUGAGGAGGGGUAUGAAGAGGACGACGAUGAGAACAGCAGGCAGUCAGAAGAUGACGAUUCAGAGACUGAAAAACCUGAGGCUGGUGACCUAAAGGAAUUCUCAGAACUGGAGAAAAGAGAUCCUCAGGAGCUAGUUGCUUCUUUUUCAGAAAGAGUGCGGAACAUGUCUCCAGAUGAGAUCAGAAUCCCUCCUGAGCCUCCUGGCAGAUGUUCUAACCACUUGCAGGAUAAGAUUCAAAAGCUGUAUGAGAGGAAAAUAAAAGAGGGCAUGGAUAUGAACUACAUCAUUCAAAGGAAAAAGGAAUUCCGCAACCCCAGCAUCUAUGAAAAGCUGAUCCAGUUCUGUUCAAUUGAUGAACUUGGUACAAAUUACCCAAAGGACAUGUUUGAUCCUCAUGGCUGGUCAGAGGACUCAUAUUAUGAGGCACUAGCAAAAGCCCAGAAGAUUGAAAUGGACAAACUGGAGAAGGCCAAGAAGGAACGCACAAAGAUUGAAUUUGUGACUGGCACUAAGAAGGGCACAACAACAAGUGCUGCCUCUACAACAACCACGACAGCCAGUACUACAGUUGGAGAUGCACAGAAGAGGAAGAGCAAAUGGGACUCAGCCAUCCCUGUAACAACAAUAGCUCAGCCCACCAUCCUCACCACUACUGCAACACUGCCAGGUGUUGUCACAGUGACAACCAGUGCAAGUGGAUCCAAAACUACAGUCAUAUCAGCUGUUGGCACCAUUGUGAAAAAGGCAAAGCAGUGACCAGCACGCUGGGCUUGGAUUUUUGGACUGAAUUGUCAUCAAAACCAUUGUUCUUGAAAGGAAGGGGUGGCUUUCACCUUUGGUAAAUGAUGACAAGAUUCUUUCAAACAGACCACAGCUCUCAUUUGGAGGAAUGGGGGCAGGAGCAAGGCAUGCCAGCUGUGUGUGCACACCAAUGGACCUCUGCCAAAAAUGCCUCUCUUCUUGCUUCAGGAAGAACCAGUCUCUGUAUUGUGCUGGAGGAAGAUGAGAUAUAAAUUUUAUUUCUUCUACUACUGCAUUGAGUUCUUAUCCUCCUUGCAAGUCUGGUUUAACUUUUUGUUUUUUUAAUUUAAAAAUAAAGAUAAACAAGCAGUGGGGGAAUAGCAGUAUUAUCCUUGUUUAUUCCAGAUCAUCCUCAAAGGCUGUUGCUUAUGAUAUGCACCUCCCUCGAACGUGCCAGCUCAGUUUCAAGGGGUGUAAAGCAGAGACUAUUGGUCAGUGCCCAUCCUCAAACGUGUAGCAGAGACUUGAAGCUCAUUCUACAUCUAUGAAUGUAGAUGGAUUGUUUGUUGUAAUACUGACAUCUGUACCUGUGUGCAUAUCUGUGUGUAUCUUGGUGAUUACGUGUUUAAUGGCUGAAAUAUUGAGGUAACUGUACUGAAGUUGUCAUGUUACCAUCUUUCAAGGAUAGAGAUUUCUAUGCAGAAGCUGUAGAGGUUUGAUUUGUUAAUUCAUUUGCAAAGACCUGUGCAGAAACCUUUCAUUCUCAUGGAAUGAGAUUGGAGCUAUAGGAGAGCAUCUGGUCCUGGCUAUGAUGCUGUCUUUGUUCUAGAUAGCGACGUAUCCCAGAGUGCACACAUGGCAGUCACUGCUUGCUCCAAUGUUGUGAAAAAGUCUUUUCAGUUUAAAAAAAAAAAUUUAUUGUAUAAAUCUUCUUACUCGUGUUGCAAAAAUUAUUAUAAAUAUUGAAAGUCUUUAAAAAAAAAAAAUGGUGUCAUUCACGUGUCUGCAUUUCUUAUCUUGGUAAGGGAAAAGAGUAAGCACCCAUUAUUUUGUACUCUUGGUUACAGAAAACAGGCAGAUAAGCAGUACAUCCAUGGCAGAUGGGUGCCAUGAAGUUUUGUCAUGUUACUGAUUUAUUCUUUUUUUUUAUAUCUCAGACACUGGAGGAAAAGAGGAAAAAGGUGUUAAAAUUACCUGGCUUGGAAGUAGUCUCAUUAUAGAGGAUGUCCUGGAAUAGUUGGUGACUCAGCUGUUCUAAAUGGUGAUUUUUCAAACCUGUUCCAGCAUUUAAGCUUCUUCAAAAGUUGCUCUCUGUCAUCUGGGGUUUCCCAUAAGAUCUCCAUCUGUGGAGGUCAGUCACCCUGCAUGGAGCUCAGCAGCAGGUGAGGCAGUUUGCUCACGUUUUGGAGGUAGGUGGAAUGGAUACUUCACUUUGAAGUCCUGCUGAACGGUGUGUGGGUGAAGGUACAACAGGUUUAAAUAAAAAAUAAAGGUAGCAGCUGCUGCAGUAUUUUGGUCGAUGGAUUAAUGACCAACAGGGCACCAGAAUGAUCACUGCAAUUAGUUUAGUCCUGUGAGCAGGGGGUGGGAGGUGUCUGGGCUGCUAGAGCAACAAACAUUCCUCUAAUGAAUGUCCUCAGUAUGUAUGCUGUGAGCAAGUCUAUACGAAACUGAAUGAAAUUGAAUCUGGCUGGGCUGUGUGCCAAUACACAGCAGUGCUGCCUGGUACCAGAUGUGCCAGCCUGUCCUCUGCAUCCCAUUCCUGCCUCCUUUCUAAUAACUGAUGGUAAACACAGAGUGGGAGAGUUUGAGACUGCAUUCACUACACCUCAUUUACAGACUGAGCCUAAGCACUGUCAGCUUUGGAGGGAAGGAAGGAGUGUGACUUUAUAAUGACUGGCUGUGUUCUGCCUGAUGUCCUACAGGUCCUGGAGCUGCCGGAUCAGAAAUGGUCACAAAGAAAAGGAAACCAUGCAGAUAGGAUCUUCUUAAAGACUCCUUACACUACCGUGGUGGGAAAUCUAUUCCUGAUCCUUUUUUCUUUCUGCUUAUGUUCAGUGUCUCACUUUCAUUAAUGGCUUGGAAGGGUUAUGUGCUGUGCAAGUAAAGAACUGAAUCUGACUGAACGCAGCAAAAGUUCCUCUUGGUCGUAACAUGGUGUAACUGUGCUAGAUGGAAUAGCUUGAUUACAAGGAACCAUUAAUUACACACCUAGUUAGACAUGUCAGCACUUGUAUCUCUGUAUGCUGUACCAUAUCAGGAAAAGUAGGCAGCAUGGGAAACUAAUUAUUAUUAUUAUUUUUGAAGGUAGCUACCAGAAUGCAGCUGAACACGAACCAAGGGGAUACAUUGGCAGGAGGAGAAAAAGAGCAUGAUAGAAGAAGUGCUAUCAGCUGUGAAUUGGAGCUGGGCUCCAGCCUGCUGCUUGGCACCUGGCACAGGGCAAAUGCCCCACGUGUCUGGGAGGAUGAAUCAUUUAACUACAACAGCUACUGAGUGCUGUUUCGGUGCAAGUAUCUCACUUGUAUCAUGCAUCCUGACAGCCCACCCUUCCUCUUUCCAUGCCCCCCCCGUGUCUUCUUGCUCUGCAGUAUCCACAGCCAUUCCAAACCUUUGGAUUUCUUUGUGUGCUUUAUGACCAGACCUGUUCAUGGCAUGGAAUGACAACAUCCAGGCAAGAUCGUCAGUAUGGAUUGGUCAUAUUCUUCCUAACAGGCUCUUUGGGCUGAGACAAGCUGAGCAGAGGUGGCAGUGGGGCACCUGGAGCAGCAGCUUUAGAGCUCCUUGACUAACAGGCCGUGCAGCUUGUUCUCUCCUCAUCGAGUGCUGUCUGCAGCAGAGAAAGCUGCCUUGAAAUAGGAAUGAUUUGGAUUUUUUCCUCCUCUCUCCAUUCCAAAAAGCCCAAAUAGGGAUGCCAAUCAUUGCAUAACGAGCUUGCAGCCAGAACAAUGGGUUGUUGCUCUUGUUUAUCUUGUGUGCUGCUAUCGGAAGCAAUGCACAGAUACAGUGCAGACUGAGGAAAAAGCCUCUGCACAGCUGCUGGGAAUGUGGCAUGCAGGUUGGCAGCUGUGAAGGAGGGAGAGGUGGGAGGGCUUCAGGUGCUCACAAGUGAUGUACUGCUGGGAAGUACUCUUUCCUGGCCUGUGAGAGCUGCUGCCUUCGGUCCUGGAACAGGAGGAUCGAUUGGUCUACAUGUUAGGUAUCUGUCUGGUUGUGGUCAUGCUGAGGGCUGUGUGACCACUGCUGAUCUGCAGAGGGCUGAAGGGACGGCGUUCCUCAGCUGAAUGCUAUCUGCUGGUCCACCUUCAGUGCCAGGGCAGCUGCCUCCCAGCCCUGCUGAAGUCAUUCUUGGCAGCUGGGCUCUGCCUUCGCCACUCUUCUGAAGCCUUAUUCUCCCACCUCCAUGCCCUGAGGUGUUGGUUUUCUUUCCUAUUGGCUUGGUGUGAUUUAAGGAGCCAUCCUCCUUUGAUGCUGUUGUGGGGAGGGAUUUGUGUCAGGGAUUUGCUUUCUUCCCAUGCCUCACCAACUGAAAGAGCAGGCGGGGAGGGACAGCCCUUACCAGCCCCGCCUCAAGCUGAAAGGUGAGCACCUGAAGCUAUGUUUUACCUGGCUUGCUGCUCUGCUGUCUGCUUGAAGAGGCUGAGGCUCUAUAGUAGACAUUCUUGCCAAGGCUUGGCUGACCACCACCUGCACCAGCUCCGUUCCACCUCUUCAUCCUAGCUGCAAACAAACCCAAAGUCUCCUUGUCCUCUUGCUGAGCACUUAACACCAGCAUGCUUAGGCACCACUGUUGCAGAAUAGUUUCCCAUCUGUCAGCCUUGCAGUGCACAAUGCUCCUCCCAGUGUUUAUACCCAGCUUCCUUCCUUUUGUUCCAAGUGAGAGCCACGCACGCUGGUGCCUUCCAAUAUUUGGCCUUUGUUUAUUUGGAACUGCUCUGUGCCUGGGGCUGGGCUCGUGCCUUUGGUUGCCAACAAACAGCGAAGCACCAGGACUUCACAAGGAAAGGUUUUGCCUUUUCAUGCAGGAGGCGUCUGUCUGUCUGUCUGUCCUCUGUAUUAGGCAGCAACCAAGCCAUGGGCUUGCCUUGUAGAGUGCCCAUACACACUGAGUUUGCCCAUGCUUGUGCCUGCUCCUCUCUGCUCAGCUGUUGCGCCGUUGCAAGGUGGCAAAUGGUGACCGUCCCUUCCCUGCCAGAUGGGGCCAAUGGCUCCUUGUAAGUCUCACCUACCCAACAGAACCAGCAGAAAAGGAGAACUUUCCCAAAUCUUUCCAAUGCAUCAAUGUGGUGAGGUGCCCGUCUGGCCCUGGGAGGUCCCGUUGUCAUAGAAGUGUCCAUCUCUGGGUGGGGUUAGGAUCUCCACCUCUGCAUGGAUGUUACCACUGUCACAGGCUGGGUCCUUUACUGCUGUUUUCCUUGUGUGUUGGUGCCCUGCUUACCUUUUGUGUCCUGAGUACAGCGGGCCCAGUGUUUGCUUAGCAGAGAUUUCCCUUCAUGUCAACCCCUGAUGGCAUGGAGCAUCCAUGGCAAAAGUAUGGAUGCAUGUGGUUAUGCUGUCUUAAGGAGAAGGCUGAAGAAGAGAAUGUGGGACUUCAUCCUUUACUUGUAAUUACCUAGAUAAUUACAUUAAGCCCAAUUUAGUGUAAUAAAUCAUAGGCACAUUACUAAUACUACUAAGCAUUCCUUAGGUUGAUGCAGAUAGUCUAUAGGAUAUUCCAGUGCAGCAAAUGGUGUAGAUCAGGAAAAACACCUCUUUCUUUUAGCAGAGUGUGUGCCCAACUCAGAACGGGAACUGCUGUGCAUUGGAUGGAGCUGCUCCAGAGCUGUCCCAGAGCUGCCCCUGGUGCACCGCGGCAGAAGGAGAGAGGGAAGAGGCUCUGUAGGAGCUGGUAGGGAUGGGGCACCCAUCACCCAUCGGCCUCUGGGCAACCUGUGCUGCCUUUAGCAUGAAAACCUUCCUUAUAUCCAAGUGAUGGUGCUGUGGGUCUGAAGGUGGGAGCAGGGACGCUUGGGGGAUAACCCCCAUCUGCCCUUUGCCAUAGUGUGAGUGCCACAGUCCCACUGGCAGUGCUGCAUUCAGUAUUUGUAGUGGUUGUAAACAAAGCAGACAGCCCCCAAACCCUGCACGUUCCUAUUUUUCCUUUGGAUCUGAGCAGGGACCUCUCCGACGGCGCAAGGAAAACACCGAGGUUGCCAAACUGAGCAACAGUUUGAGAAACAGGGAAAUAUAGGAGUUCGAGUGCUGUGCCAUCCUCAGCUUCCCCUGUUUCCCGUUUGCUGUGAUUCUUGACUGUGCAAACACAUCCUCCUCUUUCCCGGCUUAACCCAUUUACUCCCAUUUACUCCAGCUUCGUUCUUUCUCCCAGCACAAGGAAUCCGGCUGCUGGGCGGAUCGGAGCCGCAACACCCAACCUCCGCCUUCGUUGGGCAGCAGUGCCACGGAGGGACGAGCCCUGAGCCCUCACCAAUAAAGCAACCGGUGGCAAACACAGCCCCCUUCCCAGGGCCGGAUCAGCUGCCCGCUGUCGGCUCAGCCUCUUUUCCUCCGGGAUGCGGACGGGUUGCACGGGGGGAGGCAGCGCGGCGGCCGCGGGGUUGUGCCUGCCCGUACAGGUGUGCGCGGCGCGGAGGAAUGCCAACCACUGAGUCACGGCCCCCUCCCACCCGGGCGGCAUAAAGCCCGGCCUCACCUGGGCACGGGGCUCAGCGCGGGGCUCAGCACUCGGCUCGCACCUCCGCUCCCCUGCGAAGGCACGGCGGGAUGGAGGAACGUGGAGAACGAGGUCAAUCUUUGGGCAUGUGAGGGAGCCCCGAGGGACGGCGUUUCGCCGGAAAGAGAAAAGGGACAGCAAAAUAGAGAGGAGGGAAUAAAAGGAGGGGGG